AUGUUCCGCCUUACCCGGCCCUGUACCCCGCCCCGCACCCACACGCUCUCCCCUCUCCACCCCCUUACCCCCCGGCGACCGGCAGUGGCAUUCCAGAAGGACCUGCUGGCGUCGGUGGGGCAGGCCGUCAUCUGCACCGACCUGGCCGGCACCAUCACCUACUGGAACAAGGCGGCGGAGAUGAUGUACGGGUGGUGCGAGGGCGAGGCGGUGGGGCGGCCGAUUAUGGAGGUGACGCCGGCGGACACGACGGUGCAGCAGGCGGAGGAAAUAUUCGGCGCGCUCAGCAAAGGGGAGGUGUGGACCGGCGAGUUCCUCGUCAGGCGGAGAGACGGCUCGCCCUUCCCCGCCAUGGUAACGGACACGCCGAUUCUGGACCCAGCGGGGCAGCUGGUGGGGGUGAUCGGCGUGUCGGCGGACAUCAGCGACCUGAAGCGCAAGGAGGGCGAGAUCCGCGCGCUCAACGCCGCGCUGGAGGAGCGCGUAGUGGAGCGCACGGAGCAGCUGCAGCGCAGCAACGAGGCGCUGCGACGAGAGAUCGAGGAGCAUCUGCGCGCGAGGGAGCACUUGCAGCGAUGCAUCGAGGACUUGGAGCAAUCGCGCAGCCGCAUAUCGCAGCAAUCGGCGGUGCUGGAGCGCAUGGUGGCGGAGCUGCGCGAGGCGCGCACGGAGGCGGAGUCCGCGAACCGCCUCAAGUCGCAGUUCCUGGCGUCAAUGAGCCACGAGAUCCGCACCCCCAUGAACGGCGUCCUGGGCAUGACGCGGCUGCUGCUGUCGACGCCGCUGUCGGAGGAGCAGCACGGGUUCGUGGACACGAUUCGCAGCAGCGGCGACGCGCUGCUGGCGAUCAUCAACGACAUCUUGGAUCUGAGCAAGAUCGAGGCGGGCGAGCUGGAGAUGGAGCACCGCGACUUCGACGUCACCGCGUGCGUCGAGGACAGCGUCAACCUGCUCGCGGUGCGCGCCAUGGAGAAGCGCAUAGAGCUGGUGAGCGAGGUGGACGAGAGUGUGCCGCGUGUGGUGAGGAGCGACGCCACGCGGUUGCGGCAGGUGCUGGUCAACAUCGUGUCCAACGCCACCAAGUUCACGCACCACGGGGAGGUGCACGUCUCCGUCUCCGCUCACUGCCUCGGGGACCGUCCCGACAUGCUCCAGCUUGCCACUGCCUGCAAGCCCGCGCAUGGGGCCGUGCUUGGGCAAGGGGCCACUGAUGGCCGAGGAGACGAGCAGCAGGUGAGCAGCAGCAGUGGCAGCAGCAGCAGCAGCAGCAGCCGUGGGGGUGGAUGGGGCGGCAGGGGCCUGAGAGACACAGGGCGGGGCCUGGCGGCGGGCGAAGUGGAGCAGGCGUUAUCUGCGGGGUACCGGUGGCACCGCGUGGUGGUGAGCGUGCGCGACACGGGCAUUGGGAUCUCCGCAAACCGCCGCGACCGCCUCUUCAGGCCCUUCUCCCAGGUGGACGCGUCCACCACGCGGCAGUACGGCGGCACGGGGCUGGGCCUGGCAAUAUCGCAGCAGCUGGUGGAGCUCAUGGGGGGGCGCAUCUGGGCCGAGAGCGCCGGGCUGGGCCACGGCGCCACCUUCUCCUUCUAUAUCACCGCACUCGCGCUGCCCUACCGCCCGCCCUGCAUCCCACGUGGGGUGUCUGUGGGGGGACCUGUUGGGGGCGACGUGGGGCCUGUGGGGCCUCUGGAGGCUGUGGGGCCGCCUAUGCGGCCUGUGCGGCCUGUGGAGCUUGAUGUAGAUGCUGAACACCUUGGGGCUAUGUCUGGAGGGAAGGCAGGUGACUCUGCUGCUCCCAAGCUGCUGUUCAGCCGAGCCGCCACCGCCAGCGCCACCAGCCAAAUGAGCAGGUGCAUGAGUGGGGAGCAGUGCGGCCGUGACUCCGCGCCCCCCCUACUCUCACCGCGCCGCUUCGCCCGCAGUGCCACUGUGCCCUGGCAGGGCCGGUCCACCUGCGUGGCGUUGCAAAGCCUAUCCCCCUCCCCCCCUUCCCCCUGCAUGCCCGCGUGGCUCAUCGACUCAAGCAAGCGGCGCCGCGGGGAGGACGCGGUGAGGGAGGAGAGUGUGGGCGCGCUGGAGGCGGGGCUCAGCAGGGUGGUGCUGCUGGGGGGGGAUGGCGCGGGCAGGCGGGAGCAGGGCGAGAGGGGUGUGAGUGUGGCGGUCGCACAGGGGUGUGGAGAUGCCGCACAGGUGCUGGCAGACCCGAGUGAGGAGGAUUCUUUGCGGAAGCUGCAGCAGCAGCAGCUGCAGCGUCGGAGCAUGGAUUUUCCCUUCCAGGCUCAUGGGCAUGCUUAUGGGGAUGCGGGCGGCAGCCAGCUGGCAGAGCCGCCAGCGUGGGUGGCAGCGUGGCACGAGACCGCCGCCCGGUGCUGCGGGCGGCAGGCGAUGGUGGUGGUGGCGCACACAGCAACACGUGGCAUGCUGACGAGGCACCUGGAGGGGUUGGGCAUGUGCGUGAGUGAGGUGGCAGGGGGGGACGAGGCUGACGCGCUGCUGCUGGCGCAGGGGGGUGGGGGAGGCGGUGAGGAGCAGGGGGGGCGCAUGCAAGGGGAUGGGGAAAGUGGGGAGAGAGGCGUGGGGGAGGUGGUGGGGGGCCGGGUGUGGGGCGGGCAAGAGAGCGGGGAAAAGGGGGAAGAGCGCAUGGGAGGGGAGCAGGGGUGCGGAUGCGAAAGGUGGUGUGGAGUUGAUUUGAUUGUAGUGGACUCGCGGCUGGUUUGGCUGCCAGCUCAGAGCUGCAGCAGCAGGCAGGGGGGGGAGUGCUGCAGCAGGCGGUGUGGCGAGGGUGACAGAGGGGGCACGAAGGUGGUGGUGCUGACGCCCUACUCCGGCAACGUGCAGGUAGGUCGCCUUCCUCUGCCUCCCAUUGCUUGCCUCUCCUUCUCCUCAACUGCUCCGCCUCAAGUGAUCCUUCUCGUGCCUAUCAAUGAGCUACACAGCACCGUCUUAUCCCUUCCCUCCUCCCCUGUGUUCCUGCCCCACCUACCAGGAGUGCAGGUGGCGGCUCUCCCCCGUCCAGUGCGCCAGAUCGCCCUCAACCGCCUCCUCUCCGCGCUCCUCCCCCCGCGCUCCCCCACCUCUCCCCCCUGCCCUCCCCAACCUGCCAACCCUGCCUCCUCCGCCGAACUUGCUGCCGAGCUUGGCACCCAACCUGCUGGCGAGCCUACCACCGUGGUUGAGAGAGGGGCGGGAGGGGGGCAGUGCAGUGUGGGAAGGGAGGAACAGGGGGAGGGGGAGGGGGGGGAGGGGGAGGGAGCAGAGGCGGUGGGAUUUGGGGGGGGAGAGGAGCAGGAGGGGAGUGAGCGGUGCUGUGAGGUCAGUGAUGGGAGUUGUUAUGCGGGCGGGACGGUGGCGAGGAGGGGGGAGGGCAUAGAGGAGUCACAGGGAAUGCGGAGAGGGCACAGGGUUGAGGGGAACGCAGUGGGAGGGCGCGCACAUGGUGCAGCCAAGGGAUGGGCGAACGAUGUAACGACGGGGGGGAUGACUGGCAGAGCGAAGGGGGUGGCACAUGGUGCAGCGAGAGGGGCAGGUGGGGCAACAACGUGCGGUGUGGAGCGAGCGGGGUUCAGAGUGGGAAUGGCGGAGGCACACCCCCUCCACAUACUGCUUGCGUACGUGCCAUGGGGUGCCAUGGAGUGCGAGGACAACGUGGUGAAUCAGAAGGUAGCGACCAUGAUGCUGGCGCGCAUGGGGUAUGACUGUACCGUCGCCAACAACGGGCAGGAAGCCAUCCUGCGGUUACAGGCGCACCCCUUCGACCUCGUGCUCAUGGACGUGCAGAUGCCAGUGCUGGACGGAAUCGAAGCCACGCGGCGCAUCGUCUCUCAGUGGCCGCUGUGGCGCCCGUCCUGCCCGCGCCCGCCCAUCUUCGCCCUCACCGCCAACGUGUUGGAGACGGACCGAGUGCGGUGCCUGGCGGCGGGCAUGGAGGGCUUCAUCGCCAAACCCAUCCAUGUCAACGACCUUGUCAGGGCCGUUGAGUUCGGCAGUACCCGCCGCCGCCAGCAGGAGCAGCAACAGCAGCAGCAGGAGGAGGAUAAGGAGCAGGGAGAGAGCUAA